AAAAAUUUCUGACACAAAUUGACUGGAGGAAGCGGACUGAAAAGGAGGAAGCAGGGCAUGGUGGGGCACGCCAUUAAUACCAGCACUCCCGAGGUAGAAGAGGUAGGUGGAUCUCUGUGAGCUCCACGAGGACUACAGAGCAAGUUCUCGGACUAGCUAGAGCUACGUAGGGAGACCAAAAACCAAGCGAAAAAAAAAGAGGAAAGAAAUUGUUUUCUUCUGGAAUGCCUCGUGCCUUGUUCAGCAAGGAGUCUUUAUCUGGUAGGGAUUUUUAAGCCUUUCCAUCUCGUACCACGUAGUUAAUACAAGGUGGCUGACAGGCCAGCCAAAGGACCCAGGAGGCCGUAGGCGUGGCCUACUAGGGGUGGCAGGAGGAGACGCCCCCUUCCCAGCAAGCACGGCGGCUGCAGGAACGCGGCUCCGGCCGGCUUUCUUCGGUUCUGUACCGCCCCGCCAUGGAGGAGCUUCAGAACGGCGCGGCGCUGCCCAGGCGCGGGCGGGGGAGGCGGCGGCGCCAGCCGCAGCCCCGCGACGGGUCGGUCUUGGCCCUGCCCUCGAGGCCCCGGAGGAUCCGCAGGCAUCGGAAAACUGCGGCGGCCCGCGUGGCCGCGCUGAGGGCUCGCGCGCUGCUGCGGAAGGCCUCGGCCUCCAAGGUGGAGCCGGCCGCGGGCGCGCUGGAGGCGCCUGCCGAGCGGCGGGAGCCCUCGCGCUCGGCGGAGCCGCGGCCGGCUUCGGUGUCCGUGCGGCGCCGCGUGGAGGGACGGCCCGCCGUCUCUCGCCUCCUGGGCACCCCGGCCCCCCUUCCGGGCCCGCGCGUGGAUGACGCGGAGCGGCCGUGGGACUCGCCGCUGCAGCAGGUGUUGGCCGAGCUGAACGGCAUCCCCAGCAGCCGGAGGCGCGCCGCCCGCCUCUUCGAGUGGCUCCUGGCGCCCCUGCCCCCGGAUCACUUCUACCGGCGCCUGUGGGAGCGGGAGGCGGUGCUGGUGCGGCGGCAGGACCCCAGUUACUACGGAGGCCUCUUCUCCACCGCCGACCUGGACUCGAUGCUGCGCCACGAGGACGUGCAGUUCGGGCAGCAUCUGGACGCCGCGCGCUACAUCGACGGGCGGCGGGAGACCCUGAACCCACCCGGCCGCGCCCUGCCCGCCGCCGCCUGGUCCCUGUACCAGGCCGGCUGCUCCUUGCGCCUUCUCUGCCCGCAGGCUUUCUCGCCCACCGUGUGGCAGUUUUUGGCCGUGCUCCAGGAACAGUUCGGGAGCAUGGCCGGCUCUAACGUUUACCUCACGCCCCCCAACUCCCAGGGCUUUGCCCCCCACUACGACGACAUUGAGGCUUUCGUGUUGCAGCUGGAAGGUCGGAAACUCUGGCGUGUCUACCGACCGCGGGACCCAAGUGAGGAGCUGGCCCUGAUAUCUAGUCCCAACUUCAGCCAGGAGGACCUUGGUGAGCCGGUGCUACAAACGGUGCUGGAACCAGGCGACCUGCUUUAUUUUCCUCGGGGCUUCAUUCAUCAAGCCGAAUGUCAGGAUGGAGUCCACUCUCUGCACCUCACCUUGUCCACCUUCCAGCGCAAUACAUGGGGUGACUUCCUGGAGGCUGUACUGCCCCUGGCCGUGCAAGCAGCAAUAGAAGAAAAUGUGGAGUUCCGCAGGGGUCUGCCUCGAGACUUCAUGGAUUACAUGGGGGCCCAGCAUUCAGACUCUAAGGAUCCGAGAAGAACAGCUUUCAUGGAAAAGGUGCGGGUCUUGGUUGCGCGCCUGGGACACUUCGCUCCUGUCGAUGCUGUGGCUGACCAGAGAGCCAAAGACUUCAUCCACGAUUCUCUGCCCCCCGUGUUGACUGAUCGGGAACGGGCACUGAGUGUUCAUGGGCUCCCAAUUCGCUGGGAUGCUGGAGAGCCUGUCAAUGUAGGGGCCCAGUUGAGCACGGAAACAGAAGUCCAUAUGCUCCAGGAUGGCAUAGCUCGGCUGGUGGGUGAGGGAGGCCGUUUGUUCCUCUAUUACACGGUGGAAAACUCCCGUGUUUAUCAUCUGGAGGAACCCAAGUGCUUGGAAAUCUACCCACAGCAAGCUGACGCCAUGGAGCUCUUGCUUCGCUCCUACCCAGAGUUUGUGAGAGUAGGGGAUCUGCCCUGUGACAGUGUGGAAGACCAGCUUUCCUUGGCAACCAUGCUGUUUGAUAAGGGGCUGCUGCUCACCAAGACCCCUCUUGUCUGAGUUAGUGUCUUGAGGAUGGCUGGAAAGAAUGCAGUCGUGAUUCACCCUCCACCACCGCUAGCACCUUUUUCUCCCUUAAAGAAGUCAUGGUCUUACCUUGCUGAGCAUCAGUAUGGUUACGUUUACCUUUAUGGCUGCUUCAGUGUCGCAAAGCUCGGACCCUUUUCUAGGAGGAACCUCUUCAUCUAGUUGGACGAAACUUCCCCAAAUCUGGCAAGUGCAUAUUCUCAUGAUUGGUGGAAGAGAGCCUGGUGCACCAGAAAGAGCACUUGGAAGCAGAAGAUCCGGGUUUGGGGUGGUAGCUGGUAGGCAACUGGCCGAAUGACCUGAGGUUGCUGCUUACAGAUUUUUGAGUGUACCAAGCACAGCACAGAUGGUGACACUCUCUUCAGGUCCAACAGAUGACAACAUGCUGCCUUGACUUACCAUCUUGUCACAGAUCUGCAGGGCACCUGCCGCCAAACAAGCUGCCUGCCGAAUUGCUAUGAACUCAUCAGAGAAGCAGCUCAGGAAGCUUGGGAGAAGCUUGGCUGUCAUGAGCUUGAGCACACGGAUCAGGGAGAGGGCCUCAAUCCGUUCCUGGGAAUUUCCUUGACUCAGCUUAAUCCUGGAAGACACAAGUGACUUUUAUUUCCCUUAAACUUUUCUGUGCCUUGUUCCCUUCCACCAUGCUCUCAGGAUAGAAUCCUAGCUUUGUGGGUCCAGUUAUGAAGACAUACCUUUCUAAUCAUUUAAGUUUCACUGGGUUCAGACCUUGGGUGCCUUAUUUUCCUGAACUCCUAUUACCUCGCAUAUGGUAGACAUUCAGGUGUCUUGAACAACCAAGUAAAGGAAAGUGUCAAAUUGUACCUCCUCUUACCAAUUCAGUGCUCAUUUUGGCAGUUGUCUCCCAGCCUGGAAUGCCUGUAUCUCUGUGGAACUUGGCCUUACUGCCCACAUUGAGUAUCCCAUUUUUUUGUGUAGCAGUUAUGGUAUAUGCCAUUGUUCUAGUUUAGCAUGGUUUGGUUUUUUAAAUUAGGUAUUUGUAUAUUGUGUUUGUGUUCAUCAGAAUUGUGUCUUCCCUAAAAUACCUGAAAGACUGCCUCAUACUUAGUGGGCAUCUAAUACUUAUUUGGCUAGCCAUGGUGGUGGUUCCUGUAGGGACUGAUUUUUUUUUUUUUUUUAAAGACAGGGUUUCUCUGUAGCUUUGGAGCCUGUCCUGGAACUCGCUCUGUAGACCAGGCUGGCCUCAGACUCACAAAGAUCCACCUGUCUCUGCCUCCCGAGUGCUGGGAUUAAAGGUGUGCACCACCACGGCCCAGCUGGGACUGAACUUUUUGCAGUGGGAUCUAGCACAAUGCUGAUCAUACACGGAACUCAGCAGAUGCUGGCUGGCGGCAGGUCACCAGGCACUCCUAAGAAAGGAAGCGUUUCUGAGCUCACAGUGACUAAAUCUUACCUGAUCAUGUCAUGCACCUCUUUCCCAAGGUUCAUCUGCCCCAGUGCUCUGGCAGCCGCUUGCCUUACUUCUUUGUUCCAGUCGUUCCACAUCAGCUCGAUUAGUUUAUGUUUCAUAUCCUACCAAUAGGGAUGAUAAUUGGCUCAUUCAUUUUGUCCUUGACACCAGGUUUUUUUUAUCCUCUAAUCUCUCAGUCUGGUUGGGCAGAUGAUAUUUCUAUGUACAGAUGACACAGUGGGGGCUUUGAUUAACUUGCCCGAGGAUAAUCUGCUAAGUGCUUAUGCCUGGUCUUAGACCCCAGGUCUGUUUCCCAAACUCAUCUCUUCAACUCCUCUGUCAUGUUGGUACCAACAUGAAUGUAAGAGACUUGAAAUUUGAGAGUAUUGCAUAAUUGAGUAAUCCCUCAUUCCAGAUUGCCCGAGACUUCCAGGUUUAGUACUGAAAGCCCAUGUCCUGUACAAAGCAGGACAGUUGAUGACUGUAUCAGGGUCUUCUCUCUUACUGGAAGGGAGAACAUUACUGCAGUUGUGAAUGAUGAUACUGUAACUGUGUGUAAACUAGCUUCCGAGCCUGAAACAUCUACCUUUACCUCCAUCUGGUACCAGGUAUUUUUCUAUUUAGAACUCAGCUCUAAAGACACCUCCCUAGUAAAGUCUCAUGUGCCUCCCGUAAGCAUAAGAAAUCCCUAUGUAAGCCUAGGCAGUUUGGAUGCUCACCUUACUAGACCUGGAAGGAGGUGGGAGGUCCUUGGACUUCCCAAAGGGCAGGGAACCCUGACUACU